GUGCUACUCAGUUAUCAGGACAACCUCAUCUAAUCUAUCUACCUAUCCACCACUCCACCAAUCUCAACCCCCACAAUGUCAUCCAACAUCCCCUCCGCAGACCCCUACAAGGAGAAGAGCCUGGAAGACCCGCCUCUUCCCCAGAAGAUCGAAGAUCUCGUCGACUUCAUCUCCGAGACGAAGUUCGGCAUGCUGACGACCAAGGCGUCGGAUUCGGAUCUCCUGACGUCCAGAUGCAUGGCCUUAGCUGGAAAGGAACACGGCGGCAUCGACCUCAUCUUCCACACGAACCUCUUCUCCGGCAAAACGCUCGAUCUGACCCUCCACCCACAAGAAACCAACAUGUCCUUCCUCGACCCCGUCAGCGGCUCGUGGGCCUCCAUCUCCGGCACGGCCUCCAUCGUCGCCGACCCCGCCGUCGUCAAGAAAUACUACUCGCCCACCCUGCCCGCCUGGUUCGGCGACCUGGGCGAUGGCGUGCAUGACGGUGGGCCGAACGACCCGCGGAUCGGCGUCAUCAAGCUGCAGGCGACGACGGUGACGCAUAUGGCGGCGCGGAAGGGUCUGCUGGGCCGCACGGUGACUACGAUUAAGGGUGCCGCACAGGGCGAUGUACCCGCGAUCAAUAGUCUGAGGGAGUUUACGAAGGAGGAGUUGGAGGAGUGGCGCCGGACACACAAGGCGUAAUUACGAAAUGAUAAUGAGGUCACGGAGUUUUUGUUUCAUCUUGUUUCCAUUCAGCAAUGUCGG